ACAUGUUGCAAUAAAGUCGCAUCACGAGAAAACAUAAAUCAAAGCACAAAAAACAGAAAAGCAUAAGAAAACAUAACAACAACAAACCGCAUUUAACAGUAAAUGUAACUAAAAUUGUUCUCAAAUAAAGUAAAAUGAAUAUUUUACCGAAGAAGAGCUGGCAUGUCCGCAACAAGGACAACAUUGCCCGCGUUCGCCGUGAUGAAGCCAAAGCCGCGGAAGAGGAAAAGGAACGCCAGCGAAGGAUUGCCUUGGCCGACCAAGAAGCUAAAAUUGACUUCCUGCGACAAAAAGCUCGAGCCAAGGGACAGGCAGAUUGUGGACCGAGCUCUGACAGAGCAGCAGGAGGAACGAAAUCCUCCGAAAUCGAUGAACGUUUGCAACGCAAAGAACACGUUAACUUUUUUGAGAAUCUGGAAAGCGGAAAGGACGAUGGGGUGAAGAAGAAGAAUGUGGAACACGAGAAGGAGAAAAAGGAAGAGCAGGAAAAGUAUGAAAAGCAGGUUGGGUAUCUGACCUAUUUGGGACAAGAUACGAAUGAAGCGCUGGGUAAAAGGGAUUGGUAUGAUGUUGCUCCGAAGAGAGAUGAUGAUCUGGAUAAGGAUGGAAAACGGGUAGAAGUUGGGUUGAAAUCGAAGGUAUACAAUGACCCAUUGAAUGUGAUGCGUCGAUACCUUCCUGAAAUGCGAACCAAGUCGCUUCCUUCCAUUCCUAAGGCAGAAGACAAGGCCAAGGAAGAUAUAGUGGCUGCAUCUACCAGCAAAUUAACCUAUCAGUCUUUGACUGGUAAAACUAAAAAGAGUUCUAAACGGAAAAGAACCAGUAGUUCCUCGAGUGGUUCCAGUGCUGAACCAAAACGUGAGAAAAGGAAAAAGCACCACCACAAAAAGCAUAAAAAGAAAGAGAAGAAGAAACGUAAAAAACGAAAUAAAUCGGAUUCGGAAUCCACAGAUGAGGAAACACGUCGAGUCAAAAAGCAAAAGCUCGAAGCAUUGCGGAAAGAACGAUUGCUGCGCGAACAGGGAGAGAAAGCUCGUUCGGAAAAGCUGCUUGCCAAACUGAGGGGAGAUCCCGACCCGGAUGCUCCCAAACAACCACCACCGCAAGCUGCUGUACCGAUGAUCAAGCAGAAAUACAAUUCCCAGUUCAACCCCGAAUUGGCGAAGCAAAAUUUUGAUUGAUUUUUUGUAAGCAUUUUGAGAAUACACAUCAGAUUUCAAUCAA